CCCACUGCAAGACAGUUUUACUUGUUCUAUCCUGUAAAUAAAUCGAUAUGGAGGAUAUCAUCUUUCCUUUCGGAAGUACAGUUCCCUAGACACAGCACACAGUAUGAUGACCGUGUAACCCGCCUUCAUCUUCCUGAUUCACCAUGGCGUCUGUAACAGUUGGUGAAAAUCAGCUCCAGAGGAUAAUCAGAGAUCUUCAUGACUCGGUUGCUGAAUUGACCAAGGAGCACGUGGAGAGUGGAGAACCCAUCACAGACGACAGCCCCAGCCUCCACAAGUUCUCCUACAAGCUGGAAUACUUACUGCAAUUUGACCAGAAAGAGAAAACCACUUUUCUGGGCAGUAGGAAAGACUACUGGGACUAUUUCUGUGAUUGCUUGGCCAAGAACAAAGGGACUAACGAUGGCAUCCGCUUUGUCAAGUCUAUCUCAGAGCUGAAGACAUCUCUGGGAAAAGGCCGAGCCUUUAUCCGCUACUGCCUGGUGCACCAACGACUGGCGGACACUCUUCAGCAAUGUCUGAUGAACCAGAGAGUCACUUGUGACUGGUACUACGCCCGCAGUCCUUUUCUGAAGUCCCACCUCACCGUCGACAUCGUCAAUCACCUGUACGAGCUGAACGAGAUCCAGUUUGACGUGGCGUCCAGGGGAUAUGAUCUGGACUCCGAGUGGCCCACCUUUGCCAGGAGAACUGUGGGAUCAGCAGCGUCAGGUGCCCACGUGUGGAGACCUCCCAGCCGCUGCUCCAGUGUCAACAGCCUUGUCAGCAACUACUCGCAGCAAGUGCAGGACUUUCUCCCAGGCCCAGAGUUGAGCACCAGUUUUCAAGCAGACCUUGGAGAACUAGGAGAACACUCUUGUUCUGUAGAUGACCUGCGUGUUGAACUCGACCAGUCAGAGCUACGGAAACAACAACUUCAAGAGCAGGUUCAUCUGCUUACCGACGAAGCCGCAGAAUUAAAGCAGGAGGUUGCUGAUCUCCAAGUGAAGCUACAUGCUGCUGAGAGUGCCAGUCGAAAGUCAUGCAAGGAGGAAGCAGGGACGGCAACAAAGGAGUUACGCGAUCAAAAGGAUGAAGUGGAGAAGCUGGAAGCCGGGCGCAAAGCCGAGGAUUGGGCAAAGCAGGCUGAAAGAUUGGCCCGAGAACUCAAGGCUCAGGGGGAAAAGUUGAAAGAUAGUGAAGAGACGCUCGCCAGGCUCCGCACGUCUAGCGAGAAGGAAAGAACCGUUGCAAUCCAGCAGGCUGAUGAGCUCCAAGCGACUGUCAGUCGCCUCAGUGAGGCGCUGUCUUUGAAAGAGCAGGAGGCAAAGAAUUUGCAUACCCAGCUGCAGAACAUGCAAAGCUCACUGCAAGAUAGAGUCCUACAGCUAGAGGAGGUGAAGAAGAACGCACAGCUUGAGCGGGAGGAGCUCCAACAAAAGAGUGGCAGUCUAAAGGAAGCACUAGAUACUCAGAUUAUAUCACUGCAGGAGCAGUUGAAAGCAAAGGAGAUCAAGCUCUCGAUCAGCACUCAGAAGAUCCAGCAGUUAGAAAACCAGAGCCUGGAAAGCCAGAGCAAGAUGCUGGAGGAGUACAAGAUCCAGUGCUUCAGCUUAAUGGAGAUCAAUGCAAAGUUGGUCAGUACAGUAAAGAGGAGCGAGGAAAGCAACAAGGAGCUGGCUCAGAGCAAAGAUGCUCUGGAAAGAGAACUGACCUCUCUGAAAGCCUCCAAGAAGCAGAUCAUGGCCAGGCUGGGUUCAGCUGGGCUUACAGUGGAGGAGAGAGAGAAGAUGUUUGUGGAGGAGAACCAGUGUCUUGAGGAGAACACCCAGAAAUCCCAGGUGAACACUGAGGCCAGUAUGAAGGAGAGACAUGGAGAGCUAGAUAAUGGACCAAGCUCCAGGGAGAACAAGAAAGUGUCUGACCAAGAAUUAAAAGAUGUUCAAAAUGAAGAGCUGACUACACAGACAGAUCCCAGGAAGGAUCUCUACCUAAUAAAGCACUCUGAAACUGGAGAAGCAGCUUCUAGACUAGCUCUAGCUGAAGCCCAACUAGACUUAAACAUGAAGGAGGUCUCCAGGCUCCAGGAAGAGGUUGUCGAUCUUCGAGCCCGGCUCCAAGUAACCUCAGAAGAGAGGAUGAAGAUCCAAGCUUUGCAGGAGGUGACUGAGGCCUCCAGGGCAGACCUUUGUGCUCAGACUGACCAGCUUCAAUCCCAGGUGGAGGACCUGAACCGCCGGCACAUUGAGGAGCUUCUGCAUUGUAAGGAGAAGGAGGAGGAACUGGAAAAGAAGUGGGAUACUGAGGCCCAGGCUCGAGCCAACCUACAGACCGAGUUGGACUCCAUGAGGGAAGAGCUUCAUGUGCUGAAGAGACAGAACAAUGCCCUGGGCCUGGAGAAUGAAGAGGCUAGAGAGGCCCUUCACAGAGCCAACACUGAGACUGCAGAGUUGGGCAUCCAAGUGUGUAUGCUUACCGGGCAGAACGAAGAGGCAAGGUUGCGCUGUGAGGAACUCUCAGCCAAGCUGCAGGAGCAGCUGGUGGUACAGAAUGACACACAGACCCUCAACGACUCUGUGGAGAGCCUAAAAAAAGACAACGCUCGCCUCCAAGAGGAGCUGAAACAAGCAGAGGGUAUCAGGAAAGCCAAGGAGGAACUCCAACAGAGGCUUGAAGGGGCGCAGGAGGAGGCCAGGAGCUUGCGGAAAGGCAACCAAAAAGAGCUCAGUGCUCUUCGGCUUCAGCUGAGCGAGGCAACCACAAACCACCAAAACCAGAUGAAGGUUUUGAAUGAGGAGCUGCUGGGCACAAAGUCUCAGAUGGAAGGAGAGCAGAAAAACAUGUCAGCCCUGGAGACCAGACUGGCAGAGCUUGAGGCCAACAUCACCAGCCACAGUGAGACACUUGAGGAGAAAAAUGCCUGCAUUGCCAAAUUAGACACGUUGCUUCUGCAGAAAGAGGAACAGCUCAACCAAAUACAAAGUGACCUGGCAAAGGCUCAGGAAGAACUUACUCUCACCCAAAAAGCCUGUCAGGACCUGAGUGAGAACCUGCGCAGAACGCUCAUGGAGAAGGAGACAUGCGAUCUCAGAUCAUCUGCAGAGAUAGACGAUCUUUACCGCACGAAAAGGAACCUGGAGGAAAGACUUAUCGAGCUUAUUCGGGAGAAAGAUGCACUGUGGCAGAAAUCAGACGCUCUGGAGUUUGAACAGAAGCUGAGAGCCGAGGAGCAGUCGGACCGAGAGCUUACGUACUGCUCUGAGUGUCACACACAGUUCAGCUGGUGGCUCCGCCGACACACCUGCAGGCUGUGCGGUCGGCCUUUUUGCUACUACUGCUGCAGUCACACAGUGAGCAGCCAGCAGGGCGGCGUCAGAGAGCGCUGCUGUAAGGACUGUUACACUCGGCAUGGUGCAGCAGAGCGUCACCCUCAGGAGGAGCUCGGAAGUCCGUCUCGGCCGUCAUACAGCCCACUGUGCUCCACUCCCACCAGAGCCUCCAUGCCCAGUGUCACAGUUGCACCGCAGUCCCCAAGGUCAGACGACGCGGCGUUCGAUAUCAUCACAGACGAGGAAGUGAACUGCAUUUACGACAACGAGACGCUGCCCUACACCACAGCUCUGUCUCCAGGAAGUGGACAUCAAGGAACGCAUGAGAUUAGCAGCAGUACGAGCGGUGGCGACCUCACUGCAGACGAGUCGGAGGAGCUGCCGAGCUCGGUGCAGGACGCAGAGAUCUGCCUGCUCAAGUCUGGAGAAGUCACGCAGUCCGUGCCGUUCAACGUGGAGGAGAUCUCCAACUUCGGCCAGGAGUCCAGAGAACUCUUCAUAAAGUCGAGCUGCUACAGUCUCAUCCCCAUCACCAUGGUUACCGCUGGACCCACCAUCAGCUGGGUGUUUUCCUCUACGCCAAAGAGCAUCUCCUUUAGUGUGGUGUACAAAGAGAGCAAAGACACACCACUGGAGCAGGCCAAGGUUCUGAUCCCUUUAACCAGGUGUAACUCUCACAAGGAUGCAAUCCAAGGCCAGGUGAAAGCUCGCAACCCCGGAGAAUACACGCUGAUCUUCGACAACUCCUUCUCCAGGUUCAUCUCGAAAAAAGUGCUGUACAAACUGAGCAUGGAGCAGACGGUCGUCUACGAUGGCAGCGACUGACCGUGAAAACAGGGAAGCACUCGUCAUACACACUUCUGUCUGUCUGGCUGUAGAGACUCCUGGUGAACGAGUGGACCGAAGAGUUAUCGAGCCUUUUGUGUUUCCCGGACAGUUUAUUUUCUCAGUGAAAAUCCAACCUCAUGUCGAGAGCA